AUGAAGCAACUUUUUACUGUCUUGUCUGCUUCCUUUCUCCAAUCCAUAUUGAGUGAUGUCCACUUUUACUUUUUUUCUUAUUUUUAUAGAAAUUUCCAAGGAAACGAUAUCUCUUAUAUUGACAAAAAUAUAUGGGGAUGGUACCGUUGGACUGAGGAACUAAUUCUCAGCGAAAAUCGCCUCACUGAAUUACAUAAGGAUACAUUUGAAGGCCUCCUAUCCCUUGAAUAUUUAAAUCUUGGUUGCAAUUUAAUCACAGAACUGAGCUUUGGAACAUUCCAGGCAUGGCAUGGAAUGCUGUUUUUACACCAGAUAUAAGUGGCAUAGAAGAUAAGCAUGUUAACUUAAACCUUGUGUAUUGAAAACCUAAUAUCCUUAUUAA